AAAAACAUUACGUAGUUUACUGUCAAUCAAUUGGAGUCUUUUGGGUUUGGUUUGGUAAUUUUUGUAAUUGAACAUUUCCAAAGUGCAUUGGUAUUUUUUGUUAUUUUAUUUUAGUUGUUAAUUUCUGUAAAAAUUAAGUUUACGAUGACGGAGCAGCAAAUGGAUUGUGCUUUGGAUUUGAUGCGGAGGCUGCCGCCUCAGCAGAUUGAGAAGAAUUUAACAGAUUUAAUAGAUCUCGUGCCAAGUUUAUGUGAGGACCUUCUGUCUUCCGUGGAUCAGCCAUUGAAGAUUGCUAAAGAUCGUAGCAACGGAAAGGACUAUUUGCUCUGUGAUUACAACAGGGACGGUGACUCGUACAGGUCGCCGUGGUCGAACACGUACGACCCUCCUCUAGAGGAUGGCUCUAUGCCCUCAGAAAGACUAAGAAAGCUAGAAAUCGACGCUAAUCAUGCGUUCGACCAGUACCGAGAAAUGUAUUUUGAAGGUGGCGUCAGCUCAGUAUAUUUGUGGGACAUGGACCAUGGUUUUGCAGGGGUAAUAUUGAUAAAGAAAGCCGGAGACGGGUCACAGAAGAUCAAAGGUUGCUGGGACUCCAUACACGUCGUGGAGGUGGUUGAGAAGAGCUCCGGUCGCAACGCUCAUUACAAGCUAACGUCCACCGCCAUGCUUUGGCUGCAGACCAACAAGGAGGGCAGUGGGACGAUGAACCUUGGUGGCAGUCUUACUAGACAGGCGGAGCAAGAUUCGGCGGUAAGCGACGUGACCCCGCACAUAGCCAACAUCGGCCGCAUGGUCGAGGAUAUGGAAAACAAAAUCAGAAAUACCCUCAAUGACAUUUAUUUCGGCAAAACCAAGGACAUAGUGAACGGGCUCCGGUCCGUGGUGCCGGCGGAGGUGGAGCGCCGCACGCAGGCGCUGCGCCACGACCUGGCCGUCGCGCUGCAGCGCCGGCACCAGGCCCGCGCCGACUGACUGCCCGCCGAGUGACUAUGUGUGAGGUGGAUACUGGGUGAAUUAAUUAGUAGAUAUUAACAACGACGUUAGGACAAGCUCAAAAGUCUCCCGUAGCAGUUACAAACAAUCUAAACUCUACAUUUCUCUUCUUAAUCUUUCUAGACUGCACAAGGUUACUGCUCGAAACUUGUUAGCUAUUAUCGUAAUUUACGAUGCAUUGAAGUAAUAAGUUAAAUAGAAUAUAAUGUAUUUGAUUGUGUUGCCAAUGGGCAAGGGUAAAAAAGCGCCGUAACGAUAUCGUUCCUACAAUGAUAUUCAGUGAAUAUUAAUCAUAAUUAUAAAGGGAAAUUAUUUGUUUGUGGGCUCUGAAUAAAUAACUACUAUUGGCAGAUCCACACAGAAUGACUCGCCUCGCGAAGCAGCUCGGUCUGUGGAGACGUGCCUCGCCCAAGGCAUUGCGGCCGCGAGUGCGUUUGCUUCGCGCGGCAAUUUCUUCGCGAGGCGGUUCGUUCUGUGUCGACCCGCCUAAUGAAAAAGGUUUACUUCCUCUGAUUUUACUCGCCGUAAUUUUACUCCCUCUGAUUAUGAAUGUCACUUUAAAAUACCAUGUUUUUAAAUUUAUCUCGCUUAUUCAGUAUUUUACUUGGACUAUAACCAGUAAUCUAUGCUGUAUGUCAUUAGCUAGUAUUAUGAGUUACAAAAUUUCAUGAAUCAUAUUAAAAACAUCGUACUUUCGGGACGCUAAACUGAAAUGACCUUGUUUCUAUUUAUACUGUCUUCAGAAUGUUCUAUUAAUAACAUAUUACUUCAAUGCUAUAAUAUAUUUAUAAAUAAAGAAAACUAGCAGCGGUGUUAGUUCAAUGCAGCCAAAAUGGUGCUUUGAAAGAUAUUAGUCCAUAUUUCAAGAUGUAAUUCGUAAUAUAUGAAAAUAGUUAUUUAAAUAUACUGUAAAAAUCUAAAUUAAGAACACAAUGACUGUCGAGUUUAUGUUUUACAUGUAUAUAAUAAUUUGAUGUAAAUUAGUUAUGUAUUUAACUUCACCCAAUAUGAUCCAUCUCGAUUUACUUUGCAUUUUUAUAGCUUAGUUUUUUUUAUUUAAAGCAGGAUGUUGGUUUGGAUGUAAAUUAUAUAAAACAAUAUUCAUUUCGCAUUUAAUAAUUGAAAUAACGCAUUUAAAAAUCAUUGGAUGAUUGUAAGAUUUGUAAGUAUUUGUUCAAGUCCAGACUGACAUUCUAAUAGUAUUUUAUUCUUUGUAACUAUAAGAGAUUCAAUUUAUUAUUGAAAUAAAAUUAUUAUUGUAACAAAUAACCAUUUCUUUUAUGUUGCGAUUUAAUACACUAAUUGUUAUCAUAUUGGCCUCUCUAAAUAAAACAAAUAUUUACUUGAAAA